AGUGAGUCACUUUUUCUAGCCAGCCAGCCCUACCUCUACUUGUCGACCUUUUUCUUCUUGUUUUGUGCAAAUUCCUGGGUUCUCAACCUUGCGUUAUAGUCAAGUCACUACUCGGCCACAUAUUAAAUUUCAAUAUUAAUAAUAAUUAAGAAAUAGUAAUAAUUAUUAUUUUUAUGAAAUUGUUUGUCCCGGAUACUAUCGAUGAAAUUCUGUUGACACAGUUGUCAAGAUUAUACGAUGGGCACAAAUGGAGAUCAAUAUGGAUAUGGAUAUGGAUAUGCUUAUCAAUAUCCAUAUGCAAGGUUUGCGGGCAACUCUGGAAUGGCUUACCGUUACAGAAGAAACGAGAGCUUUCUGGAUCAUGCAACCGAGUUCGGCAAGGCUGUGAUGGAGAUGAGUGUGGAGUUUGGGAAAGGGUGUAGGGAUAUCGUGUGGCAGAGUAUAGGGAGAGAAGAUACUUACCUUGGAAGAAGUUUCAGGAGAAUGAAAGGGCCUUGUGCUAAAUUUUGUGCUAAAUUGAGGUUCUUUAAUGACUAUAUGCCUGAAGAUAAAGAUCCUCUGUAUGCGUGGUCGGUCAUUUGCCUUGUCUCUGUUCUUGCUAUUGCAGUUUUCUGUCUAACUUCUGAAAGUAACACUUCGGUGACUCCCUUGAUAAAGAAAGUAUUCCUACAUCCUGCUAGUGCUGACAGAAUUUUGCUUCCGGAUGGUAGAUAUCUGGCAUAUAGGGAGCAAGGUGUUCCAGCCGAGAGAGCUAGAUUUUUUAUAAUUGCUCCUCAUCCUUUUCUUUCCUCUCGACUUGCAGGAAUACCUGGAAUUAAGACUUCACUUCUGGAAGAGUUUGGUGUUUGCUUGUUGACAUAUGAUCUUCCUGGUUUCGGUGAGAGUGAUCCUCAUCCCAACAGAAACCUUGAGUCAUCAGCAUUGGAUAUGUUAUUUCUAGCCAGUUCUGUAGGUGUUAAUGACAAGUUCUGGGUGUUGGGAUACUCAAGUGGAAGCCUGCAUGCUUGGGCUGCGCUCAGAUACAUUCCUGAUAGACUUGCAGGUGCAGCCAUGUUUGCUCCAAUGGUUAACCCUUAUGAUUCAAUGAUGACUAAGCUAGAGCAGCGUGGAACCUGGGAGAAUUGGACACGAAAACGGAAACUGAUGUAUUUUCUGGCUCGGAGGUUUCCUAGAUUUCUUGUUUAUUUCUACCGCCAAACAUUCUUGUCUGGAAAGCAUGAUCAGAUUGACAAGUGGCUGUCACUGUCACUUGGAAAAAGAGAUAGAGCUAUAAUAGAGGACCCCAUCCAUGAAGAAUUCUGGCAAAGGGACGUGGAAGAAUCAGUUCGACAGGGAAAUGCCAAACCCUUUGUGGAGGAAGCUGUACUGCAGGUCUCAAAUUGGGGUUUCAGACUUGCAGAUCUCAAACUGCAGAAGAAACAGAGAGGGAGAGGUAUCCUCAAUUGGCUCAAGUCUAUGCUCAAUGGAGAUUUGGAGGAGUAUUCAGGUUUCCUUGGCCCAAUCCACAUAUGGCAGGGGAUGGACGAUAGGGUGGUUCCUCCAUUGAUGACUGAUUUUGUGCACCGGAUUCUACCAGGGGCUGCAGUGCAUAAGCUCCCAUAUGAAGGCCAUUUCACUUAUUUCUAUUUCUGCGAUGAAUGCCACAGACAGAUAUUCAGUACACUUUUUGGAACCCCUCAAGGUCCACUUAAUAAUACCAUAGAAACCAUAGAGGCAGAUCAAACACUUAUGGAAGUUGAUAGAGAGGAACAGGAAGAGGCAAACCCUGGUGAUUCUACCAUGUGAUAGAAAUUAUGCUGUAUAUUCCACAGGUUAUCUCUUUUCUUCCAUGUGAUAGAAAUUAUGAUGUAUAUACCACAGGUCUGCUUCCUUACUCCUGGAACACAAAUAUGGGAUGAUAUCUUUCUAUUUUUGGGCUCAUUUUAACACAUUUUGGGGAGUGGGCAUGCCAACACUUUUGCAGGAGAUAUUGUCAAAAGUAGAAAAUAUACAACAUAAGUUGGUUGUUCUGAUUCUUAGUAGUUCCAACAUUUAGCUCA